AGGUGAUGCGACAUUUGACAACUUUGAGUGUGAAAUUUGAGGUGCCCCGUGCCUCAUGUAUGAGGUGCGCAACACUAAUGUACUCUAUGGUUUUUAUUUGAAGUCUUCUGUCUUAAUUUGUUUACCCAUUUUCCCGAAAAAAUAAUAUUUAAAAAAAUAGGUAUAAAAUUAUAAUCUAAUUACAAAACUUUUUAGUGCAAUAAACGACGGUAAAAUAAAAUGGGUGAUUUAAUUGAAUUAUCAGCAAUACCGCGACACGAAAAUAUUUUUUACAAGUUCACCGGUAACUGUUUACAAUUUGCUAUUAAGUCUUCAAGAAAUGCUAAAAUUGGACUUGCUGAUUAUCCAAGAAACUCCCGGAUAACUUGGGUAAUUCUGGGUGAGCAUUCAGGAAUUGAAGAAUAUGGAUAUAAGAUUUGUCAAACACCAACACCUAAUCUCCUUACUCACAACAAAUAUAAGAAAUUCUGUUUGGCCUGGUUUGGCAAUAAAGUCGAAUUGUUUAGUUUUGGUACAACAAUACCAAUCUUUUCAUAUGAAAUUAAUAAUAGACAGUUAAAAUAUGUAACAUUUUGUCAAUGGAACAAUGAAAGUUUAAUUUCUUGGAAAUUUGUUUCACCACCAAAUAUUGAGAGACCUAUUCUGAAACCUAUCAAUGGUGGUAUGACUUAUUGGGUGCCAUAUGAUGGUAUACUACCAUAUGGGGCUUUGAUAGGUGGCUUUGAAAAUGAAUUUCUCUACAUAAUGAGAGCACCUCACGAAGGCUCACUGACACCUGGAAAAUAUGUACCAUCUCUGAGGUGUGGCUUUGUGGCUUGGGGUUCAGAAAGCCAUUUAAAACAUGAAAUGGAGAUUCUUUGUGGUCUUAAUUGCCUUUGGUUAUCAACAACUAGUAACGUAAUACCCUCAGGGGCAAUCCCUGGAGGUUAUACAGAAUAUGAAGGUAGAGAAAUUAUGUACAUUGGUAGAGCUUUUCGCGAUGGGCAUAUUAUACCUGGCAAAGUAGCCCCAUCACAUAAAGUGUGUUACUUUGCUUAUAAGGAAGAUACAGCUUAUGAAAAUAAUUAUGAAAUAUUAGUUGCACCUUACUCUAAUCCAAGAUUUAUUAAUAGCAAUACAACACCUAUUAUGAAAUGUGAAGAUACUGACCAGAACCUACCAGAUGACUGGGGAGCUUAGUUUAAUUAAUAAAUCCAAUGUCCUGAAUAUUAUAUUUUUAAAGUGAACCAAAUAUUAUUAAAAUAAGGAACAGACUAAAAUUUAUAAAUAACAAUCUUGUCUAUUAUCAGGAAUUGCUUUUUGCUAUGAGAGCAAGUACAUGAGUAACCUAUAUUUAUAUAAAUAAUUAUUUUAUUAUUUCGUAGUUGCAUUUCCUAAAUCUUAACUAUUUCUCUUUGUGUAUGAUUCUGGACCAUGGUUAUGAAAAUAUGAAGAUCGCUCUGGACACAAAUACUACUGAUAAAUGUAGACAUAAACAUAGAUAAUAACUUAUUUUUUAUAUGGCACACUAACAAUAUAGAACAUACAUAGUUACUUACAUAUAUGUUUUGUAUGUGAA